UUUUCCUUUUUGUAGGGCGAGGACGGUUUUGCACAGCAACCCCCGAUCCCUGUAGUUGAGAGGUGUGCUCUGUUGGAACAAGGAAAUUGAGAAAUACUGUGACUUUCAACACUCAUCUUGGUUCAAUGACUUUAUAUUAAUACAAAUAAAUUCUCCACUCUUCGAAUUUAGACUGUUAAUAAGCGCAGACAGCCAGGCAUUUUGAUUUGCUGUCUUUUUGCAGCAUGGACACCAAAUUGCUAAAAUCAUGUUUUGGGACUGCCAGUGAAUUUAUCUCUUGCGGUUUUACAACAAACCUAGUAGUUCCCUUUUUUUUGAGUUAAUAUUUUGGCGCUCAUAUCACAAUGAGUUCAGGCCUAUGGAGCCAAGACAAAGUUACUUCACCCUACUGGGAAGAGCGGAUUUUUUAUUUGCUUCUUCAAGAAAGCAGUGUGACAGACAAACAAACUCAAAAGCUCCUUAAAGUCCCCAAGGGGAGUAUAGGCCAGUAUAUCCAGGAUCGUUCUGUGGGGCAUUCGAGGAUUCCUUCUGCAAAAGGCAAGAAAAAUCAAAUUGGAUUAAAAAUCCUAGAACAACCACAUGCCGUUCUCUUUGUUGAUGAAAAGGAUGUGGUAGAAAUAAAUGAAAAGUUCACAGAAUUACUCUUGGCAAUUACCAAUUGUGAAGAGAGGUUCAGCCUGUUUAAAAACAGAAACAGACUAAGUAAAGGCCUCCAAAUAGAUGUGGGCUGCCCUGUGAAAGUACAGCUGAGAUCUGGGGAAGAAAAAUUUCCUGGAGUUGUGCGCUUCCGAGGACCUUUAUUAGCAGAGAGGACAGUGUCGGGAAUAUUCUUUGGAGUAGAAUUACUGGAAGAAGGUCGGGGCCAAGGUUUCACAGAUGGAAUAUACCAAGGGAAACAGCUCUUUCAGUGUGAGGAAGAUUGUGGAGUGUUUGUUGCAUUGGACAAGCUAGAACUCAUAGAAGAUGAUGACAAUGGCUUGGAAAGUGAUUAUUCAGGUCCAGUGGAUACAAUGCAUGUUGAACUUCCCCCUCUGGAAAUAAAUUCUAGAGUUUCUUUGAAGCUUGGAGAAACUGUAGAAUCUGGAACGGUUAUAUUCUGUGAUGUUUUGCCAGGCAAAGAAAGCUUAGGAUAUUUUGUUGGUGUGGAUAUGGAUAAUCCUAUUGGCAACUGGGAUGGAAGAUUUGAUGGAGUACAACUUUGUAGUUUUGCAAGUGUUGAAAGUACAAUUCUUUUGCAUAUCAAUGAUAUCAUCCCAGAUAGCGUGGCACAGGAAAGGAGGCCUCCCAAACUUGCCUUUAUGUCAAGAGGCAGUGGGGACAAAGGUUCAUCCAGUCACAAUAAACCAAAGGUUACAGGAUCUACCUCAGACCCUGGAAAUAGAAACAGAUCUGAAAUAUUUUACACCUUAAAUGGGUCUUCUGUUGACUCACAACCACAACCCAAAUCAAAAAAUACAUGGUACAUUGAUGAAGUUGCUGAAGACCCUGCAAAAUCACUUACAGAGAUUUCGCCAGAGUUUGGCGGUGCUUCACCACCACUACAGCCUCCUUCCAUGAACUCAUUGUCCAGUGAGAACAGAUUUCACUCUUUACCAUUCAGCCUGACAAAGAUACCCAAUACCAAUGGAAGUAUCGGCCACAGCCCACUCUCUCUUUCAGUCCAGUCUGUGAUGGGAGAGCUGAACAACGCACCUGUCCAGGAGAGCCCACCCUUGGCUCUACCGCCGGGUAACUCACAUGGUCUUGAAGUAGGCUCACUGGCCGAAGUGAAAGAGAAUCCGCCUUUCUAUGGGGUGAUCCGUUGGAUCGGUCAGCCACCAGGACUCAAUGAAGUACUAGCUGGACUGGAACUGGAAGACGAAUGUGCGGGCUGCACAGAUGGGACCUUUCGGGGCACUCGGUAUUUCACCUGUGCCAUGAAGAAGGCCCUGUUUGUUAAACUGAAGAGCUGCAGGCCCGAUUCUAGGUUUGCCUCCCUGCAGCCAGUCUCCAAUCAGAUCGAACGCUGUAACUCCUUAGCGUUUGGAGGCUACUUAAGUGAAGUAGUAGAAGAAAAUACUCCACCAAAAAUGGAAAAAGAAGGCUUAGAGAUAAUGAUUGGAAAGAAGAAAGGUAUCCAGGGUCAUUAUAAUUCUUGUUAUUUAGACUCAACCUUGUUUUGCUUAUUUGCUUUCAGUUCUGUUCUGGACACUGUGUUACUUAGACCCAAAGAAAAGAAUGAUGUAGAAUAUUAUAGUGAAACUCAAGAACUACUAAGGACAGAAAUUGUUAACCCUCUGAGAAUAUAUGGAUAUGUGUGUGCAACAAAGAUUAUGAAACUGAGGAAAAUACUUGAAAAAGUUGAAGCUGCAUCAGGAUUUACCUCUGAAGAAAAAGAUCCUGAAGAAUUCUUGAAUAUCCUAUUUCAUCAUAUUUUAAGGGUAGAACCACUGUUAAAAAUAAGAUCAGCAGGUCAAAAGGUACAAGACUGUUACUUCUAUCAAAUUUUUAUGGAAAAAAAUGAGAAAGUUGGAGUUCCUACAAUCCAGCAGCUUUUGGAAUGGUCUUUUAUCAACAGCAACCUGAAAUUUGCAGAGGCACCCUCCUGUCUGAUUAUUCAGAUGCCUCGAUUUGGAAAAGAUUUUAAACUUUUCAAGAAAAUUUUCCCAUCUCUGGAAUUAAAUAUAACAGAUUUGCUUGAAGACACCCCUAGGCAGUGCCGGAUAUGUGGGGGCCUUGCAAUGUAUGAAUGCAGAGAAUGCUACGAUGAUCCAGACAUCUCCGCUGGGAAAAUCAAGCAGUUUUGUAAAACCUGCAACAUCCAAGUUCAUCUUCACCCCAAGAGACUGAAUCAUAAAUAUAACCCAGUGUCACUUCCCAAAGACUUACCUGACUGGGACUGGCGACACGGCUGCAUCCCCUGCCAGAAAAUGGAGUUAUUUGCUGUGCUCUGCAUAGAGACAAGCCACUAUGUUGCUUUUGUGAAGUACGGGAAAGAUGACUCUGCCUGGCUCUUCUUUGACAGUAUGGCUGACCGAGAUGGUGGCCAGAAUGGCUUCAACAUUCCUCAGGUGACCCCCUGCCCAGAAGUAGGAGAGUACUUGAAGAUGUCUCUGGAAGACCUGCAUUCCUUGGACACCAGAAGAAUCCAAGGCUGUGCACGAAGACUCCUUUGCGAUGCAUACAUGUGCAUGUACCAGAGUCCCACCAUGAGCCUGUACAAGUGAAGGGGGUGGCCGGCACAGGUGCGGGACUGGACACAGCAUUCUGACGCAGUGCACUCGAGCUGGCAGUUUCCCUCAGCAUCCAUUGCCGGCAGUGGAUGUGUUUGUGGUGAUGAUCCUUCAGAAAAGGAUUUUUGUGUUUCAAAAACAAAUUGCUUUUGUGUUACCGAAGUAUUUAAUAAGAAGCAUUUUGCACUCUAGAACAUAUGUUUUGUGUUGGUUUUUUUUUUUAAAGAAAUCUCAAGUUAUUAAUACCUAAAAGCUUUAAGUUAAGUGCAUUGAUCAUAAUGAUUAUUUUUGGAAGCAUCAAAUUUUAAUUGUGACAGUCUUAAAUCCUCUUUCAGUCCAUUGAGAAUGUAAAUAAAUGUGUCUUCUUUAUGGAUAUAAAAUCAAGGAUAUAAAAUCAUUUUUCCUUUGUAGCUAAUGAUUGUAGCCUUGAGGAAGAAAUAUUUUGGUUUUACUCAGAGUCUACUUUCAAUCCAUUUAUUAAAGUUAUAAUGAGUUUGAUUUGUUAAUUCUUUCCUGUAUGGUACUGAUUCCUGCAUGUCUGCAAUCUGCUGAGUUUUUGUGUUUCUGCAAUAGCAGUCAGAAAAGUACUGACAUUUCCUUCAUGGUAUUGUUUUUCAUUUGUACUGGUUUUGAGAUAAAUGAGUGAUUUUGUCAUAAAAUGUCCAUUUUUGAUGUAAUUUCCCUGGGAGCCUAGAAGACCCAGCAGUUGAAACUCUUUACUCAUAAUUUUUGUCAGCUAACAGGUUUUUCUCGUUUGUUUAUUUUUAGAACUCUAUUUUAUAGAAUGAGGAAUAGUACAUUUUGAAAUAAGAGGAUUGGGAUGAUUAACAUAUAACCCAUUGGAAAAUUAAUUUGGCAUGCAGAAUUAUUCACUGAAAUUUCCCUGGAGAGAUGCAGCCAAUAUCUAAACUUUUGUUAUUUUAAACAAGACUGUCAGAACUUAAGUUUGAGCAGUCACUACCCUCACUAAAUUGUGUUUCAUUUCAUUCGAAAUGAUGACCGUGAAAAGUCUGGUAUAUAUAUAUAUAUAUUUUUUUUUUUUUUAAAUGUGAGCCGCAGUUUCAUCCUCCUCCUGAUUAAAUUUGCAGAGAAUGGAUGUUUUCCUAGCUGAUAUCAUACUGUGUGUCUAGAUCACAAAUGGAUGUUGUAGGCUAGAAUUGUAGGUUCUAAAUGUGCUGUGCCGUGUGUAUUUUUCCAGGUGUUGUUUUGUGGUAUUGUCGUUUUGAAAUAACUUUUUAACCAUGCAGAAAGACAGAAAAUCUAUCAGAUGUCUGUAUAGCAUAUGGCUUCAUAAAAAUCAUGGAAAGAAUUUUUACAAACCCUGCAGUUAUUUUUCUGGAGGCAUAAUUACCUUUGGUUUUGUCACUCCAUUUUGUUAGUAUUUAUUAACUUUAUAAACUGUAAUAAGGUACAGAAAUGCUUUCCUCUUGUGUUGUUUUCCUGUGUAAUUUUUUUGAGAUGAAAUUACAUUUUGCACGAGGUUAUUCUAGCUGCUUGGGUUGGGUGGUGAGAUGGUGAUUUGUGGGGCUAGGUGUGAGAAGCCUGGGGCUGUAGAACUGGUCUCUCCUCCCUCCCUGUGGAUGGAUGAGGUGGGGUUGGGGCCAAGAGACCAAAGGGCUCUUCUAGCUAUAACCAUCUCCAGAUUCAACCAUCACGUAGUAAGCAUGCGUUGAAUGACCAAAUGCAUGGAUGAACUCAGCAGUGGGGCUUUAGAAGAAUAUCCAGAGGUAUGAAUAGGGAUACCUAGCUAAGUAAGACCUCGGCAGUUUAAAAGAGAAGACAAGACAGUUCCUUCUCUGUGUAGUAUUAAGACAAAUAUAACUGCCGGCCUCGCUUGCAAAAGACCGGGAGAAAAGACUGAGCAUGCGUCCUUGCACAUAGGAGGGGCCGGAGGCUCUUGCAGGCGGAGGGCCCUACCUUGUCUAUAAAUUAUGUUUUAAGAACGUUUCCUUCAAGUAGAGCUUUACUUCCUUUCACUGUUUGUGUGGAGAAGGAGCAAUCUGAGGAGAUGCAGGGGCCCGCGUGGGCCCUGAGUGGUUCGUGGGCACAAGCAGGGCCGGGCAGGGUGGCACUGGCAGUCCAUAUGCCUGUUGACCUACUUCCCUUUUAGUCUUACAUUUUUCUUUUUAAAAAUGUUGUAUUUAUUUAGAAUAGAAACAGAGACGUUGAGAGGAAAAAGGGUGAUAGGGAACAAGAAAAAGAGACACCUGCAGCACUGCUUCAGUGCACCCGAAGCAUCCACCUAGCGGUGGUGACUGGGGGCUUGAACCCAGGUCCUUGUGCACUGUAGCAUGUGCUCUCUUACGUAUGGCUCUAUUACCUGGCCCCUAGCCUACAUUUUCUUUAGCUUUUUCCUGUUGGCUUUUAAAAUCUUCUUGUUAUGCUUUUCUCUCCGUCAUACCUAUAAUUAAGGUAGUAGAGUAGAAUCCUCUUAUUUAGAACAUGGCUCCCGACACAUAGCUACCACUAGAAAAUAUAACACAUCACACCCUCCCCACCUCCAAAUAAAUGCUCGUGUGCCUGAGUGUUUGCAUCCGUGUAUCUCUGUGCAUUUAUGUGUAUUUGUGGAUGAAAAGGGAGAGCAGCCAUGUCAUAAAUGUGUCCAGUACCUCACCAUCAGCAUCCAUUCCAUUCACAAAAGAAUGUUUUCUAAGACUGAAAAAGCACACUUAUUAAAAAACAAAAUGAACAAUGAUACACACACACACAAAUGUAGUUGCUAUAAUUGGUAAUGAUUAGCUCCCUAAUAUAGUGUGUAUUCUUAGAAUUCAUAUUUGCCAAAUAUUUUUGGUGAGUGACUUCUUCCUGUCUCUUGGAUUCAUUCAUUCAUUUAUUCAUCCCCCCCCCCCCAAUCAGACAAUUAAGGGACAAAGAGUAGACAUAGUUAUCAAGCAUGUCAUUCAGAUUCACAAACCCAGGCAUUGCUCUCCUCAGCUGGGUCUUGGUGUCCACUAAGAUGACUUUGUAUCUGUGUGAAUAACUGGGCAAGUAGAGAAUGGAGUACUGGGUCUCAUCUGAGUGACUGCCAACCAACAAGUACUUACUGGGCAUUUAUUACCUGGGACUAUGGCCCAUAGAAUAUGAGCUAUGGUCCUUCCCCUCAAACAUCCUGUUCCUGACUUUUAGCGACAGAAUGUCUACUGAAGUGCUGGGGUGUGGGGUGUGGCAGGUCCAGGGAGUUCUAGAGAGGCAGUGCUGUAUAACUGGAACAGUUGUGGGAAGGAGACAGAGAUCAUCAGCUUCAGCCCUUUCUCUGCUACUUGGUAUGUGGGCCUUAGCUGGCACCUUAGCUUUGGAGGAAUGUUGAGAUAUCAGUAUAUCAGGGAAAAAAACAAACAUCAAAGUGCUGGCUCAAUGGUGAGUCCUGCUUCAUUGGACUUUUCUCAAUGGGCUAGGAACUAUGCUAGUAAGAAGCCCCACUGGUGAACCCUGCCAGGUUCAAAAGGCGCUAAACUAGAUCUCGUGAAUAUCUUUUCUUGAAUGUGUAUUCAUAUCAUGGUAUGUAUGUCAGUUAUUCUGUCAGUGCUUCUCAGUGUUUCUGCAUGAACAUAAGACGUGCAUAUCAGUAUAUAUACCUCAGUCCACUGUUGCCCAGAUGUUUAAGCAGUUUUGGAACAUGAGUAAAUCUUAAGAGGAUAUUUGAUGUCAUAUAUAUGCAUAUAUAUGCAUAUAUAUAUAUAUAUCCUGGAUAUUUUAUUUCUUUAGGGGUAAAAAAAAUUUCCACACUAAGUUAAAGAAAAAGCUUACAUUAUUUCCUAUUACCUGUUACUGUGUGAUAAAAAAUUUAAAUGAGACAUUUCUCCUCUGAGAUUAUAAGUUUUCCUAUAAAGUGUAAUGUCCUUAGAAAAGGAGAUGGUCUAGGAGAUCUAUAAUAAAAACUGUAAGAUUUUUUUUUUUUUUUAGGGUUGAAAAUGUUACCAAAGCCCACAACUGUCCUUCAAUGAAGGUAACACUUGCACUUCCAAGAUAAGGGAUGUGUUGGAAGAGAACAGCAUGUGGAAAUGGAAACUAGUGUGCAGAAGAGGGUGGGUAGGGGUAGAAGGUGAGCUCCCUUACGUGGUGCAUGGGACUCCUCAAAGGAGCUCUGUGUACUUCUGGGGACUGUGUUGCCUGGUGAGGCUUCCUAUGGGGAGUUAGCACUAGACUUACCUAUUCUCCUUCCAGAAGCUUCAUUGUAGGGAUAUAAGAGAAAGACUCUUCAUCUUACUCUAAAUCCUGAGCAGCUAAGGAAUCUCUCUGGGGUAGGGAAGCAGGGGGGAGACUAACCAACAAAUAUGACCAAGGAGAAUGAGAAGGUGAAAAGAAAGCUAUUCCUUCUUCCUGACCACAGUGAACAUCAGUGAAGCCCCUUUGUGGGAGUUAUCCAGUGCUGAAUGUAAAUUCUAGAUUCUCUGUCUUGACGGUGACAUCAUCUUUAUUUCAUUGUCUGCUGGUUUUUCAUUCUGUAAGGGAGUUCAGCGGACAGGGAAGUCACAGAGGGAUCGUCCUUGGAGGCAGAAUCUCUUCAGAUAGAAUUUUCUAAUAUUUUUAAACAUGGUCCUUUUUACUUUUUACUUUUUCUGGAGAGGUUAUACUAGAGUCUCAACAGUCCUUGGUUUUCUUUUUCUUUUUAAAGAACCUUUAGAGCUGUGGAGUUUUUAACUCCAGAAAGUCAUAAUAUUCUGUCACAAACAUCCAUUAAAAAAAUCCCUUUUGAAUCUUCCCAGGGGAGUUGUGGUUAUUAUAAAUUGAUAUAAAGGAGCAAAUUUGUAUUGCAUUUUCCCCCAUCUGGUAUCCUGUUCAACUUUUUUUUCCCCCCUGAAGAACAUCCUAUAUUUAUGAACUUUCUUUAAAGUUAUAACUCUACAUAAAAUAUCCCUUUACUAUCAGAUUGCUCUGAUUUUAGCCUUAAUUUUGUUAAAAAAUUUUUUUAGAGAUGAACAAAGUGCUGCUGUGGAAAGAAAUGUACUAAAUGCUAUUUCUGUAUCAUUAAAAUGAAAUUUUUAUGGUC